AUGGCGCAUGAGGAGAAGCUUCCAUCGGAGUUGACUGAAGAGAUACUAUCUCGUGUACCACCAUCAUCUCUUGUUCGCUUCACAGCCGUAUCCAAACAAUGGAACGCUCUCUUACACGACAAAACGUUCAUCAAGAACCACAAGACCACGUUUCAAUUCAUCUUAACAACCAAAUCCAAGAUUUACUCGGUAAGCAUCGAUCCAAAGAUAGAUGUAUGUGAGCUAACCUUAGAUGUUCCUAGUUUAGAAUCCAAGAUACCUAAAAUCUUGGUUGAUUGCAAUAAGUUAAUUGUUUGCGCCAUGGAGAGAGGAUUUAUAGUUUGGAACCCAUGCUUGAGACAAAGUAGAUGGAUCGAACAAGACUCGAACCAAAAGCAACUAAAGUCCCUUGGCAUAGGAUACAACAGUAGUGGAAGUUACAAGAUUGUUUCUGGUGGUCCUCGGAAGGAAGAAUAUUACACCAACUACUUGUGGAAGAUCCAUGACCUAACCUCCAAUAAGUGGAAAGAUGGUGAGUUAGAAUCUAAUGGUAAAAGGCCAAUAUUACACACCAAAAGUUGUGUAUCGUUGAAUGGAGAUUUGUAUUGGCUUGUUUACGCUAGCGAGGCAAAUCGCGUGUACUACGUAUAUAAAUUCGAUUAUUCGAAGGAACAUUUCUUUAGGUUCUGUGAUCUACCAUAUAGGAUGGAACAUAGUAUGGAUGCUCUUGUCCUUAGAGAGUUUGAAGGAGAUCGGUUUUCAUUGUUAAAGCAAAGCUAUGCAACAAAGAGGAUUGAGGUUUGGGUGAGCAAGUACAAGAUUAAUAAUGAAGGUGUGAAAUGGAUAAUGUUCAUGGAAGUUUCAAGUCCUAACUUGCCAUAUUUAGUAGACAUUGUACGCUCUCAGCCAAGCUACUUCAUCAAAGAUAAAAGACUCGUCGUAUGCUCUUGCGACAAAACUGGUCGGGCUUGGAUCUAUGUCUUCGGGGGAAAUAGUUUGAUUAGUAAAACUCGUAUAGAUUAUGUGGUUGAGUCUUGGCCUUCGCACUAUACAUUUAGUCCGAGUUUGGUUCCUGUUCCUCGAGCUCAAAGACUAGCAAAGAGUUACUAG